AUGUGUCUUAACAAAAAUAAUAUUCCAGUAACAAGUUGGUAUAUAUUCCAAAAUGCACAAGACUCGGGAUCAUUUGUGUGGGAAGAAGGAAUGACUAGUUUAGUAUCAGACGAAAACAUUAGAAUAUUGGAAAAUAAUAUACCAAUUGGGUCAGCAUUGCUAUCAACUAUAAAACAAUUAAAUAAUGAAAAAUUCUCACAUGUAAUUUAUAAUAAUGAUCAUGAAAAAUCAAAUGAAGAUCUUCAUGGAGCUCAUUCCAAAGGUAUUUUUAUAUGGAACGAACAUGGUGCUAUUCAUAUAGUACAUUCUUUGCCAAAUUUUCCUCAAUUAAAUUUUAAUGAAAAUGAUAGAAAAGUUGUAUUCACAGAUGACCCAUUUUCAAGAAAAAAAACAAAUGGGGUUGGUGAUAUGGAUAUAAAGGACCAACAUGCACAAAAUAUAUAUUGUUAUACAAUGGAUGAUGGUUUUAAAACUGAUAUAUAUCAUUUUUUAUUUAGAAUCAAUGCUAUUGUAAUAUCGAUAAAUGGUCUUUAUUUAGGUUUUUCUAUGGCAGGAAUUGGGUCUAUUUUUGAAUAUUCCACAAUUGAAAUUGGUUUACAAUAUUUACGUAAUGAAAAUAUUAAAAAGGAUUUUCAAUCAAAAAUUGAUUUGGAUUUUAAUAAAGAAGAUUAUAUAAAUUUCAAAAAAAAUAACAAAAUGUACAAUGAUCAACUUUCUGAAAAGGAUAGAAAGGAUAUAUUAAGUGAACUCAGUACUAAUACAAAAUUUCCUUUGGUUUAUUUAGCUUAUAAUCGAUAUUAUUUUUUUCAAAAUGAUUAUUUACUUUAUCAAGAUUAUAAAUAUCAUGGUAUGGCGGUUUAUAGUUCUAGUGAAUAUAAAAAAAUAAAACCUAUUUUGGAAGAGUUAAUUGGCCCUAUUAUUAAAAGACAAUCAAUUUGGGAUUAUGCAGUAGAACAAUUAAAGACCUCAAAUGAAGAAUUUUAUUUACAAACACAACACUAUGAUGAUAAAUUAAAAGGACUUAUCCCAGUUAAUGAAAACCCCCCAUUUAAAAUCAUUCAAAGUUUAAAUUUUGAGAAAAGAAAUUUAAAUAGAAAUUUUGACCACUCAAAGCAAAUGAUUUCAAAAAAUAUUUUUUGUGUUGGUGAUUUAAACUAUAUAGAUAAACAGAAUAAGAGAGGUGGUUCAAUUAUAUGUUUUGAAAAUAAAAUACUAUCUCAAUUUUUCGAAAGUUAUGUAUAUAUUACCCAAAUAAAAAAUGAAAAAGAUAUAAUAUAUUCUCAUGUAAAAAAAACUUUAUCUCUCUUAAAUGCAGAAGAAUUUAUUAAAAAAUUUAAAUUCUAUAGAGAUUCAGAUAAUGGACUCAUACCGGUAAAUGUAGAUAUUGAUGUUCAUAAUAUUUUUUUAAAGGAAACUAUAAAUGGAAUUUCAAAUUAUAAAGGCUUAUUGGAAUCUGAAGUUUUAGGCAACUCAAAUUUUAUAAAAAAUAGAUUAAUUACAAACUUUAAAACUAAAAUAUGCUUAUAUCCAAAAUUUAAUUCAAAAAAUACUGGAAUCAAUUUUAAUAUAAAUGAAAUAUUUUGUUCUGGUGAUAAUUAUUUUUUUUUGAAUGAACAUUUAAAUUGGAAUUUCUUUAGUCCUUACUACAAUAAUCCAUUUAAUCCUAUAAAAAUUACUCUUGACACUCCUUUUAUAAAUAAUCUUUUAAUUCAUAAAUGUUUACCUAAUAAUGAUAACCCAAUAAAACUGUAUAAAAUGAACCUAUCCAUUAGAGAUAUAAGUUGCAAUUUUAAUAAUAAUUUAGUUCUCUAUCAACAUAAUGAUAGAAUUUGUUUAGAUUUAUUAAAAAUGUGUGUCUUUAAAAUAUAUGGACAUACCUCACAAGAAAUAAAAACUAUAAGUGUAACAAAUAUCUGGAACCAUUUGGUAUAG